UCGUACCUGCAUUACUGAAUCGGCCGUUCGGGAAGACGCAGGGCUAGGGCGCAUUCGAUGCUAUCGAUAAUAGGAAGGUUGAGUACGCCAACACUUGUGGUAGCAGUGGAAAAUAUACCGACACAGAGAAGACCUACUGCAGCAACUAAUGCACGUGCGGAUGUAUCAUCUAUUUCACUUCUAGUUGGAAUCCGGCAUGUGAUACACCCUGAAAUCCUCGAAGAGUGUGGGAUCCGCAACAUGAUUCGCUGAACCGUGUCAACGACAUCAAUGGUUUAAAUCUUGGGGAUCUGCAUAGGAAUUAACGCAUAUCUAAAUAAUGAAAACUAGUUGUGGUUUUGUUAGAUAAACCAUCAUUUAACACAUGAAAAGGUGUGUGCAGUGAUCUAAUUGGAGUUAUUCUGGAUAUUUUUUCAACAUGCCUGGGAAUGACACUUUGAGCAAGUCCAGCCACUUACAGGAACUGAUGUAUACAGCGUUCCGCAAAUGUAUGCGAGAUGUCCUCUCUCAGCCUUAUCCUAAUGACGGUGAGCAGUACUGCAAUGCUACCAGCGAUAUUUUCGGCUGCUGGAACUAUACACAAGCCGGGACUACAGCCGUUAUCCCGUGUCCAGCGAUCCCGGGAAUGAAUCCAAACGAGUUUGCCUACAAAAAAUGUACAGAAAAUGGAACUUGGUGGCGAAAUCCAAACACAAGUAAAGAAAAAUCAGAUUACAGUUACUGCUGGAAGGACAUCCAUACAUUCAUAGAGGACACCAACAGCGGCCAUGAACACGUUUACAUAUUCGUUAGCGGCUAUUCCAUCUCCGUGGCUAUGCUUCUAUUAUCCCUUUUCAUAUUCUGCAGAUUCAGUCAACUCCGAUGUGACCGCAUCACCAUUCACAAGAACCUGUUCACUUCCUAUGUACUGACAGGGUUCUCCUGGAUAUUGUACAUGCUUCUAGUGGCCACCAAUGGCGUCGUCAUUCAGAAUAACCAUAUAUGGUGCCGGAUGAUCCACGUGUUUGCACAGUACUGCGUGGUGUGCAACUUCUCCUGGAUGUUCUGCGAGGGCCUGUACCUACAUACCAUCAUGGUUCGCACUUUUGGCUCCACCAAACACGUCCUUAUCGCCUGCUACUUCAUAGGCUGGUGUUGGCCCUUCGUGCUAGUGGCAAUAUACACGGGUAUCCGGGGCUCAGCUGACGACAUUCAGCGAUCAAGUUGCUGGAUAGGAGAGAGCAGUCUACAGUGGAUAAUGUACGUCCCUAUAAUAAUCUCUAUGGUGGCCAAUUUCGUUUUCCUGUGCAAUAUAGUCCGUCUCUUGAUCACAAAGCUGAGACAGGUUCCAGAGGCUACUCAAACAAAGAAGGCUGCGCGAGCUACGUUAAUUUUGAUCCCUCUGUUGGGACUUCAGUUCCUUCUCGUUCCCCUACGUCCGGAGAUAGGAUCCGACAUGGAAACAGCGUACCACUACAUCAGCGCACUGGUCGUAUCGUUACAGGGGGCGUUUGUUUCUACGAUGUACUGCUUCUGUAACAGUGAGGUGAUAUCGGUACUGAAGCGGAAGUGGUACCAGCACAAGGUCAUGUUUAGUGGGAAACGCAGCCGUACGUCAUCGACUAUUGCUGCAACAACAUACACAUUUGUGGAUCACGUGUCUACGGUGCAAACAUCGAUCACGUGAUAGGUGGUUCACGUUCCGAGGAGAAUCACAUAUUUAUUACUGGACUGACAAUAAUUUAUAAUGUAUGAUUUCGUUCUGUAUAUUGUUAUAUUUGUUAUAUAAAUAUCAUUGUUAACAUGUAGUGAAGAGUCACGUAAGAAAUAAAUCAUGUAGCA